UCGUCACCACUCCGAAAUGUUACGUGGGUGUUCCUCGGGAGUGCGCGCGAGUACGCUGGGACCCUCUACUUUUUUCUCUACACGUGUGGUGAUAGGUUCAUGGAGGCGGCACGAAGCUCACAAGCGCUUGCGCUACCUCCGUCGGACGUGGAGCGCCUACGAGGCGGCCCUGCACGCGAGGAGCACCGAAACUCGACCCGAUCGAAUUCAAGUACAGCUUCAGGUAUAGCUGGAACGCCACAACCUAACGCAUCUUCCGAUGGCACCGCGUCUCCUGGGGAUCGAGCCGUGCCUGGGGAACAAGCAGAGAAUGCUCGACGAGGGCGUCGAGACCAAGUCGGGGAGAUUUGUCACGGUUCUCCCCCAGUCGACGGUCUAACACUACUCCUGGAGAGUUUGAACACAAUGCGUGCGCUGGACAGACAGAAUGCAACUACUCGUGAGUCACCUCAUGCGUUCCGGGUGUAA